AUGUUCAAAAUAUCCAUUUUGAAGGCGGAGAACCCAUUCAGCAUCUGGGGCCAAGUAGUUGGUGGUCCAGGAGAGGACAUACAGACAGAGCAGUAUGACGAUUUGGUGAACCAGAUGAACCUGUACUACCGCAAUAUUACCCGGAAUCCGCAGCUGCUGAAGCCUGCCUCAUUGGGGAAAGGACAGAUGUGUGUGGUGUUCUGGUGGGUGAAUAAGUCGUGGUGUCGGGCAAUGAUAGAGUCGGUCACGGAUGACUCGGUGUUCUGUCAGUGCCUCCUGGUUGACCAUGGAGAAACUCUCGUCGUCCCCUCUGACCAGAUUCGAGUGGUGAUGGAGAACUUUCUCCAGCUGCCUUUCAAGAUGAAGAGGUUUUACCUGUCAGGAAUCAAACCAACAACCCUCCAGGUGUCUGUCCAUGAGGAAAAGGCAAAGCUGAUUCCAUCCAGUCACUGGGACAGUUCUGCUAUACUCUACAUACACCGUCUGGUACAAGCUUCGACUCAGGCAGAGGCAAUGUUGGAUGCAUCUGAGGCAGAGUCCACAGCUAUUUAUCUCUACCUAACAGUUAGCAACAUCAAGAUCUGUGUGAAUGAUGAUCUUGUGGCCAAAAAGUUUGCAUAUUACACCAGAGAGUCUGCUCACGACAGCAUGCUCAAUGAAAAGGACCAAUGUCCAGUCAUGUGGCCCUCCAGCAUUUUAAACCAGGCUGUCUUUGUGACCCCAAACAAGCCGGUGACACAAACCCAACACCCUCCUGUGAUGUCGCACACUCUGGAUGAAACAGGAGCAUGCAAUUCGCUGACAACGGCGUGUAUAACUCAGAGACUUGUCACUCCUGUGUCCUCAUGUGAAGGGUCCUUUUUUCCAUGUAGCUUUCUGGAGCUCUUGGAGGUCUCUCUUAUGUCAUACACUGCAGCUCUGAGCAUCGCAAACACAGACAUCUUGGAGACAGCAUUAAUACUGACAAAGCAUUUCCCCAUCAUUCAAAGGUUCCUUGAGUUUCUGAAUCCUGGUAGCAGCCCCCAGCAGACAGCUCCCAGUGUUAAUCAGCAUGAUGAGGAUAGUGACUGUCAAUCAGAAGAGACAACUCCAACCCUCAAAACCUGCACAACACAGGAAGUUAUUUUCAGUAGAACAGCAGAGUCUGCACCAGAAGAGUCGGGACCAGCAGAGACAAAGGAAACACAGAAUAGUAAGGAGAACUUGGCCUGUACAUGGUUUUUAGAGUAUUUGAACCCCGAGCCCCUGAAUCCUGACCCAGAUUCAGCAGCUGAUACGGUUAUUCCUACCAGGGAUCCAGAGAGUACUGGGAUUUUGGUUCACUCCGCUCUUCCAAUAGAGCCCUGCAGUGGUCUGGAUGAUGCCCCUGUUACUGAUAGUCUGCGCUGGGUGCUGCAGAGGAAGAAAUGCUAUACUUUGUCUCCAGCUGACUGUUACAGCUGGCCAGUUGUGGCUCGAGGAUUUAACACUCUCCUCAUUUCCCAAAAUGCUGAUAAUCCACUCAGCUACCUCCCUUCGCUUCUCACCCACAUCCAGCUCAACUCCAUCCACGCUUCUCUGACCUCCAGCUUAGGGCCUGUAGUGGUGCUGGUGUGUCCGGGCUGGGAGAAAGCCCAGGUCCUUUAUGACCUACUAGAGGAAAGCAAGAUCACUCAAAGCCUCCACCCUCUCAUCAUACUCUUAGGAAAUGGAAAAGAUGAGGCCAAGGAUGUCCAGAUUCCAAAAAAUUGCUUGCUGUUAGUAACCACUCCCUUCAGCCUGGUCCGUCUGCUGUCCCAUCACUGCUUCCUGUUCUUGCGUCUGUGCCACUUGGUGUUAGAUGAGACUGAUCAGCUCUUUACUCUUGCCCCAGACCAGAUGUCAACCAUCCUGGAGCAUUUCCAGAGGGUAACUUCCAGUAAGGAGCAGUACUUCUAUCCUCAGCAGCUCAUCGCUGUGGCAAAGCAAUGGACCAGUCAAAUGGAGGGUUUGUUAGCCAAUCACAUGCCUCAUCCCUCCAUCAUUGUGACCGUCCCUGAGGAUGCAGCUCUCUAUGCAGGUGUCCAGCAGAUCCUUCUCACAUCCGUAGAGAGCAGUAAGAUCAGUGUACUGCUGGAAGCGAUAGACCUCAACCCAGAUAUCGGUCAGAAGACUUUAAUUAUAGUCGACUCUGCUCAGGAGACUGAAGAUGUGUUUGAGGCAUUGAGCAACAAAUCAGCUUUCUGCCUUAAGACCCAUAAGGGGUUAACACACCUGUUUGACUCUGUCAUUGAACAGUGGAGGAAAGACAUUGGCCCUGGAAGUCAUGUUAUUCUCGUGACAACCAGUGACUGUCUGAAAGCUCUGGGGAUCCAAGAUGCCACUUGUGUCAUCCAUUACAGCUUCCCCAGCUCUCCCAGACUGUUCGGCAGUCGACUUUUCUGCAUGGCUGAAAAUUUCAGAAACCUCUCUGAACCAGUUUCCUCCAAGAAUCACACAGAGAACAGCCAUCAUCUCGCUAGGUCAGUGCUGCUGAUCUCAGAGAAGAAUGCUCGCCAUGUCAUCGGGAUCCUACGCUACCUGGGGCGAACUAGUACCCCACUACCUCCUGAGCUGCUCUCCUUUGCCAAGGGUAUCAGUGUAGCUCGGGAAGAACAGAAGAUAGACAGGCCUCUCUGCAGCUACCUGAAGAGCCUUGGAGUCUGCAGAGAGAGCAGCAAGUGUCCCAACCGACACAGGUUGAUUUCACAACUGGAUCAGUCAGUGCUUCCUGCAUCUGGAGUCAUAGAAGUUGUGCCUCUCUUCAUAAAGACUGCAUCAGUUUUUUACGGGCGAAUUGUCGCAAGGGAAGACAGCAGUUUUGACACCUUAGCAUCUGAGAUGGCUUCUUAUUACACUGACCAGAAACCAGGAGUCAGGGAGGUGCUGGAGGGACGUUUUUAUGCUGUGCAAGACAACGAGGUCUUCCACAGGGUGAAGGUCCUCUCUGUCCCUGACAGAGGAAACCGGCUGUUUUUCAGUGUUUUGGUUUUGUUCAUUGAUGUGGGGAUGGAGAAGGAAGUCAAAUCCUAUCAGAUCUUGCAGCUGCCAGAGCAGUUUCACUCUCUGCCUGCUCAAGCUGUGGAGAUCAUCGUCUGUCGGGUCAGACCAGCUGAUGCUGAGAUCGACUGGCACCCCAAGGUCACCCAAGCAAUCUGCCAAAAGAUCCAAGGUCUGCAUCACCAAGCCAGAGUAGUUCUCAGUCUGGGAAACACCAUUUUUGUUGAUCCUAUGGUGAGGGCUACCCAAGUGCCAGGUAUGAAAACAAUGAUCUAUGAAUACAACAUCCACACGGAGAUCCUGAACACCGGGAUGGGGGUCAGUAACCCAGAGCAUGUGAACCUGCUGAAGGACUUGUAUCAGAUGAGUGUUGCCACCAGCAACCAGCAGGAGGAAACUUCAGAAUUGGUUAAUGGUUCAACGCCACUGGGUGUCACCAAAGCUGAGGAGGACAUUCUUGCAGAAGCUUUCAGAGCUGCUGAAAUUGGAAAACCUUCUGCUGCAGAUCCUCCUUACCUCAAGACACAUGAGCCACUUAGUCCAUUAUGUAUAAUGAACCAGUCCCUGAUCCCAGCAUCCCCAGUAUCACAAGCUGCACCAGCCCAUGAGCAUGACUCAGUCUUAGUCUGUGAUCUGGAUUACCUGCUGAAUGGCCAGGUUGUAACUGAACAGACACAUCCCAAAACUAUUGAUCUUAUAUCACCUGAGCGGAUAAUCAGCUUCCACCCUCAGGUCCAAUGGUACCAGACGCAUGACUCUGUGAUGGUAUCGGUGAAGUUGCAGAACCCGGAGAACCAGCACUGUCAUUUCUACCCAAACAGAGUCAUAUACAGUGGUACAGUGAAUGGUCGGUCCUACAGAGCUGAUUUGGAGCUUCAAGCAGACAUCGCUGCUGACCGCUGCUGCUGGGAAAUGAAGUCCAAUGAACCAGUCCUUAAACUGGUCAAACAACAAGUUGGACACUGGGAAAGACUCCUUAGGACCAAGAAUAUAUUUGUUAGUUACGAUGCAGACCACAUUGAAGAAGAAGAACAACACGGAGUACCUAAUGGAUCAUGGUUUGUGGGGGACACAGGAGAGGACUACUGGUGUAUGAAUUCAGAGAGCAGCAGUGAAAGUGACUGA